UCUGGACGCGCGUCAGGACUCGCUGAGCCGGGGCGUCCAGUGGAAGGACAGCUUCAUCCUGGACAACAGGAACGCCGAGUUCCUAGUGGACACGGCGCCGCCGGUGCUGGCCAUCGACGACGUCCGGGAGUCGGACGCCGGUGUGUACCGGUGUCGCGUCGACUUCCUCUCCAGUCCCACCAAGUACAGCAGGGUCAACCUCACCGUCAUCGUGCCGCCUGCCCGCCCAGUGAUACGCCUGCCCUCUGGCGACCGCGUGGGAGACAUUCUGGGGCCGCUCACAGAGGGCGACAGGGUUCAACUGCUCUGCGAAACGCACGGAGGUCGCCCAGCGCCAACGCUGUCGUGGUGGCGAGGCCCCACACUGGUGAGCAAUGCGCACCUGGUGACAUCUAGCGGCGGCCUGCAAAGCUCGCUGACCCUGCCGGCCAUCUCGCGGGCAGACGUGGACCAGGCGCUCAGCUGCCACGCCAGCAACAACAACAUCAGCGCUCCGCUCCGGCGCAGCGUCCUCCUCAAAACAUACUGUGAGUGGCGCCAGCGAUAGCAGCUGCCACACGCGGCUAUUUUAAUUGGUCUUUCAUUUGACUUGGCCUGACGUCCCCGACCGCGUGGCGCCGCCCGUGGGUACCGGAACGGGGGACAUCUGGCGAGGCUGUCGACGCUGGUGCGUUCUGCAUGAUCAGGUAAGGCGCCCUGAGGUCGCAUGCAUGCCUUCUCUAGUCAUGCCUUCGGGGCUCGCUGCCUCGUCGGCCGCUCAAAGAAGCCUUCAGUGGCUGAAGUUAAUGACUAUUUUAAGCCAGGAUUAUGAAGUUAUCAUCCAUAAAACAUGUGAUGUGACUGAGCCUGUGAACUCGCCACGGAGAGGAGUCAAAAUUUAUGACGAUAUCAGCGGCUUUGGUGUAGACUUCACGCCCCCCGCUCCAGCUCCGUUUGUCGUCACACUUAUGACGGAACUGACGCUGAUUGGGGCUCACAAGAAGGACGGCCUGGCAAACAUCUCGUUUGUUCCGAUCUAUUGCACCCAUGUAUGACACAGACGACUCCAGCAUUUCAAAACAUCACAGGGAGCGUAGUUGGUCCUUACACUUGGGCUGAUAUCGGCCAAUUCGUUAUAUUAUCUUAAUCCGCUUGUGUAUUUUGGCCGGGCCUUCUACGCUACAGGCCGCUGGAUGAAGCGGCGUCCUGACGGACCGCGCGGUCCUCGAUCGUGAUUAGGCUGACGUAGAGCACCUAUCGAGCUGCGGUAUUUAGCUAUCGAGUCGCGGUUCACAAGGGCGCCGUCGAGCAA